UCGGCCGCUAUCUUACCAGUCCAUUUAAGUUCAUUGGUACUAUAUUGUUGUGGUACUUAACUGAUAUUUUGAAAUUGUGUUUUAUUAUGGUGUUAUUGUUAUCUGGAUCGUUAUGUGUACUUUUACUCAACAUCAUUGACCUGGCUGGUGCAUCUCGCAAGAAGGGUGUUGGAAUAGUGAGAAGCAAACAUUAUGAGUGUUCAGAUGAAGGCAAUUUUAAUAACGUUCAUUGGUGGUAUGACUGGCAGCAAUCACCUGAUUUCAUGCACUCUCAUCAUCACUGUCCGGCAGACGUUAGAGCCGGGUAUGUACCGAUGGUAAACGGCAAACAUUUCGACAGAGGAAUCAAUAUUUCUGCAAAUGCACAUUAUCUUCUAGGUUUUAAUGACCCUGACCGUCGUGAUCAGGCAAAUCUAUCAGCAUCACAGGCUGCAGUUAUGUGGAAGGAAUUGGAAGCAAAUGCCGUAGGAAAGAUCUUAGUUGGUCCUGCAGUUAGUAGUCUCGACUGGUUACAACAAUUUAUGCAGCAAUGUCAUAAUUGCAGAAUUGACCACGUGGCUGUCCAUAUCUUUAAUUGCAAUGCAAACGAAAUUAUGAGACUUCUUAAGCAAGCAUGGGAUAGGUUUGAAAAACCAAUCUGGCUUACAGAAUUCGCUUGUCCUCAUACUACAUCAGCAAAUGAUCAGCUUCGGUUAAUGAGAGAAAUUCUGCCACUGUUGGAGUCUGCGCCGUAUGUAUAUCGUUAUGCAUGGUUUGCUAGUAGAUGGAUGAAACAUUUAGAUGGUGGUAAUACGGUAGAUAUUUCAGCAACCCUGAUAAAGGAAAACACGGUAGAACUCUCAGCGCUCGGACAUUAUUAUAAUAACUUUAUGCAUUAACAUCGAAGUAACUCAUUUUGCUUCAACUCUAUCAAUAUUAAGAAUGCUUAUUGUUUUGUAAUACCAUCAUGAUACAAUUAAUGCGAUCAGGAAAAUUAUAGAUAUUAUAUAUCUAACAAAAACA